GCCGCCGCCUCGCAGCACCUGGCGCAGCGCUACGCGGCCCUGGCCGCCGAGGACUGCGCCGCCGCCGCCCGUCGCUUCCUACUGUCUUCGGCCGCCGCCGCUGCAGCCGCCGCCGCGUCGGCCUCGUCGCCCGCCUCCUGCUGCAAAGAGCUGGGGUUGGCCGCUGCCGCCGCCUGGGAGCAGCAGGGCCGGAGCCUCUUCCUGGCCAGCGUGGGGCCCGUGCGCUUCCUGGGGCCGCCCGCCGCCGUGCAACUCUUCCGGGGGCCGCCGCCGCCGCCACCGCCGCCGGCCGAGUCCCCCACGCCACCCGAGAUGGUGUGCAAGCGGAAGGGGGCCGGGGUGCCCGCCUGCACCCCCUGCAAGCAGCCCCGCUGCGGUGGCGGGGGCUGUGGCGGCGGAGGCUGCGGAGGAGGGGGAGGGCCUGCGGGGGGAGGUGCCUCGCCACCGAGGCCCCCCGGCGUCGGCUGCUGCCAGGGCUCCGAGCAGCCCCCACAGCAGGUCUGUCCCGCGCCCUCCUCCCCCACUCCCGAAGGUGCCACUACAGAGGCCGUCGGGGACGCUGUCCGAGCGUGGGGCGCCGCCCCCUUGCCCGCCCAGCAGCAGCACGAAUGUGGCGACGUGGAUUGUCAGGAGCCCUCCGAAGUCCCCUGCAACUGUUACAGGGAGCCACCCUCUGAAACUCCAGACAUCAACCAGCUGCCGCCGUCCAUUCUGCUCAAGAUAUUUUCCAAUUUGUCCCUGGAUGAGCGUUGCCUUUCUGCAUCAUUGGUUUGCAAGUACUGGCGUGAUCUUUGUUUAGAUUUCCAGUUUUGGAAACAGCUGGAUCUUAGUAGCCGUCAGCAGGUCACUGAUGAAUUAUUGGAAAAAAUUGCAUCUAGAAGUCAGAAUAUAAUUGAAAUCAACAUUUCAGAUUGUCGCAGUAUGUCUGAUACUGGCGUGUGUGUUUUAGCAUUUAAGUGUCCUGGACUUCUGAGGUAUACAGCCUACAGGUGUAAACAGCUUUCUGACACCUCCAUUAUUGCGGUUGCCUCGCAUUGUCCUUUACUUCAGAAAGUGCAUGUAGGCAACCAGGACAAACUUACUGAUGAAGGACUGAAGCAGCUGGGUUCAAAAUGCAGAGAACUCAAAGAUAUUCAUUUUGGCCAGUGUUACAAGAUCUCAGAUGAAGGCAUGAUCGUCAUAGCUAAGGGCUGCCUGAAAUUACAAAGAAUAUACAUGCAAGAAAACAAAUUAGUGACAGAUCAAUCAGUGAAGGCAUUUGCUGAGCACUGUCCAGAGCUUCAGUAUGUUGGCUUCAUGGGUUGUUCAGUUACCUCUAAAGGAGUCAUUCACCUAACCAAGCUAAGAAACCUUUCCAGCUUGGACCUACGUCAUAUCACUGAACUGGAUAAUGAAACUGUGAUGGAAAUUGUCAAGAGGUGCAAAAAUCUUAGCUCUCUCAAUCUCUGUCUGAACUGGAUCAUAAAUGACAGGUGUGUGGAGGUCAUUGCAAAGGAAGGGCAAAACCUGAAAGAGCUGUACUUGGUGUCCUGUAAAAUCACAGAUUAUGCACUGAUAGCCAUUGGGCGGUACAGCAUGACAAUAGAGACUGUGGAUGUUGGAUGGUGUAAAGAAAUUACAGACCAAGGAGCCACUCUGAUUGCACAGAGCAGCAAGUCUCUGAGAUAUCUGGGACUCAUGAGAUGUGAUAAAGUCAAUGAAGUGACGGUGGAACACCUGGUGCAGCAGUACCCCCACAUCACCUUCAGCACCGUCCUGCAGGACUGCAAGAGGACCUUGGAGAGGGCCUACCAGAUGGGCUGGACCCCCAACAUGUCUGCUGCCUCCUCCUAACAUUUCUGCCCACAUGUGGGUCAACUCAUCAUUCAACAGGGCAGAGAGGAAUUGUAGAUUAGGAGUGGGUGAUCUCUUGGAA